GUAUGACCUAAAGUAAAGGUAGCCGAUGAGAAAAAUCUGCAAACAAAAGGUAUGGGACUAGUUUUGGUUAAGAUUUACUUUAUGCGUUUGGGUGUGUGUGCGCGCAUGUGCAUGAACUCACCCAUGGAGGUCAAAAGAAAGCAUCGGCUCUCCUGAAACUGCAGUUAUAGGCAUGUGAGCUACCCUAUGUGGGUGCUCAGAAGAAACAAAAGUUUGGUCCUUUGCCAGAAGAGCAGGCAUUCUUAAAAUCACUGAGCCAUCUUUCCACGCCCAUGGUAUAGGUUUUAGUUCCUCUCUGGUGACAUACUUUGCUUCUAAGUUAGUAAAAGAUAAUAGUUUCCUAAAUUGAUGCAUUAUAAAGGAUCGUAGGUCGGGUGGGUGAUAAAGGACUAAUAAGAGGACUAAAGAUAACACAAGAUGAUUUGGGCUCUCCAUCUGCAACAUUCCAAGUCUUUAUAACCAUUCCAUAUGUGCGGCUUUUCCAGGGAACUUUACAGGUUGCAAUCCCAACUCAGUUAUUUAAGGCAGAGUAUAUAUAAUAUAUAUGGUGGAUGGGACUAUAGAGAACAGAUUUGAAAGAGCUAGAUACUAGACUAAUACAGCCACUUAACACAAAGUACCAUUUUAGCUUGUUUGUAUGUUGGUGAUCCUUUAAGAUUUGAUCACCUGGUAAUGUCUUAAUUGAGUUUGUAUAAGUAAAUUCCAUGAUAUUCACAAUGACAGGCCCACAUUUUUCUGAACUCGUCCCAUUGUUAAUUGGCACAUGAUUAUACAUAUUUUUUUUUUACAGCCUAGAGUGUCUUGUUUGUGUCCAAUUCAUUGGUUGUCCCAGAGAAGAUGCAAGAGACUGCUCGUUGCUUCUGCCAUGUUCUCCCUGUUCUGAGAUGUCUGGCCUUCAGUUUUGCCCAUUUGUUAGAGAGACAGAGGAUAAGCUCUUGGUGUCUGUAUUUUUUUUUUUUUUUUUUUUUUUUUUUUUUGCCUACCUACAUACUAAUCUCUAACUUUCCCAGAAUACACAAUCUUUGUAAAAGCACAACUUUUGAUUUGUAUUUGGAUCAUGAUCAGACUUGGUUCUUGAGAUGGAAGCAGUUGUCGCUCCUGUUCCUGCCAGCUCCUUGAAUAUAUCACACUGGCCAAAACCAUCCAGUGAGAAAUGGAUAAUUGAUUUCAGGGUCCAGGACAACAGUGUCUCUCAGCUUUCUAGAGGCUUCUACCCCAGGAACAGACCUUUGCUCAUGUAAUGGGAUGAGCCAGCGUUGUUGCAGCCAGUGCUGGACUUAGGGAUCGCAAUGAUGAGUCCAGUUCCUGCCUGCCUUUGGAAUGGCCGUGACAUCAGCUCUUGAAAGAAGAAACCAAGGAAUCUGCAGACCAGUUUUGAAGGCCACAGCCUUUUUCCCUCUGGUACUUUCCAGGUAUUAAAACCACAGAUUGUUGACUGGAAGGACAGGCAUCAUGUUCACAGCACCUGGCAUGGCAGCGGUUGGGGGAAGACCUUAUUCCUGCAGUGAAUGUGGCAAGAGUUUUCGGUACAGUGCAGUGCUGCUGCGGCACGAACGGGCGCAUGGUGGUGACAAGCGUUUCCGCUGUCUAGAGUGUGGUGAACGUUGUGCUCGAGCCUCAGAUCUGCGUGCGCACAGGCGGACCCAUGCUGGCCAGACCCUCUACGUCUGCAGUGAGUGCGGCCAGAGCUUCAGUCACAACAGCCUGCUGGACCUGCACUUGGGGACGCACCGGAGGCGUAGCCACACUUGCCGUUGCCGCCUCUGCAGCCGCCGCUUCCCUCACGUCCCUGCACUGCUGCUGCAUCGGGUCCGUCAGCACCCACCAGAGAAGCCGCACCGCUGCCCACUGUGUGCCCGUUCCUUUCGGCAGAGUGCUCUUCCUUUUCACCUGGCACGGGCACACCCCCCGGAGACCACCACUGCCACUGCCCCUUCCCCUAGCACUCUCCACCACUGUACACAGUGCCCACGGGCCUUCCGUAGCAGUGCUGGGCUACGGAACCAUUCCCGUAUCCACGUGGUCCUCAGUCUCAGCGACCCUGGCGCUGAGGCCCACCAAUGUGGUGUGUGUGGAAAGAACUUCAGCAAGAGUUCCACGCUUACACGACAUCUCCAGAGGCACUCAGGGGAGAAGCCUUUCAAGUGCCCUGAGUGUGGCAAGGGCUUCUUGGAGAGUGCCACGCUGGUGCGGCACCAGCGAACACACACUGGGGAAAAGCCAUACGCGUGUAACGACUGUGGACGCUGCUUUAGCGAGAGCUCUACACUACUGCGCCACCAGCGCAGCCACCAGGGUGAACGGCCACAUGUGUGCCCCACUUGUGGCAAGGGCUUUGGACAGCGAUAUGACCUUGUGGUGCACCAGCGCAGCCACACGGGCGAGAGGCCCUUCCCGUGCCCAGAGUGUGGCCGGGGCUUCACAGACCGCUCAGACCUCACCAAACACCUGCGCACACACACAGGGGAAAAACCUUACCACUGUGAGCUGUGUGGCAAGCGAUUCACCUGCAUCUCCAACCUCAAUGUGCAUUUGCGCAACCAUGCUGGCCAUAAACCACACAAGUGCCCAGAGUGUGGCAAGUCCUUCAGUGUUGCCUCCAAACUUGCACUGCACAGAAAGACACACCUAGGUGAGCGGACAGCAGAGUGCUCAGAGUGUGGCAAAUUCUUUAGCCACGGCCGGUCACUGUCACAACACCAGCGGUCCCACAGACGUGCUCGAGCAGCUGCCAUGGCAGCCACUACCACCACCACUGUAGUCACUGAGGUGACAGUAAGUCCUCCCCUUGCCCUCACAGGGCCAAUGCAACAGGAAAAACCAGGGCUCUUGGUGUCUCCAUUUCAGGAAACUUGCUAAGAGGACCCCAUGAGGGUAGUGGGUGGACACACAUUGAGCCCCAAGGAACAGGGCAGCUCAGAUGGCUAGGUAUUCAUCUAGCUUGCCUUGUCUCUAAACCGAGAUCCCCUCCAGCUCUUCCAUCGUCUUCCCCAGCUCUAAGUACUAGGAGUCAGGGAACCAACACCACAUCCCUAUGCAGGACAGUCUAGGUGUUCGUGCUGUUGCUGCCACUCCGCUCUCUGAUGUUGGUGUGGCUCUUCAGGAAACAUUUGGUCACUUAGAUCUCUUGCUUCUUAUUGAUCUGUUAUCCCUACUGCUUUCUCUUGCUUGAAACAUGUAGCUGCAGAGGUGAAACAGGCAGUAUGGAAAACUGGAAUGGCUUCGUUCAUUAAAGAACCAAAAUCUGCGGCAAGUUACUCCCUUGAAGAGGUAAAAGUAGCCAGUAGCCUGGCUAGCCAUAUGUCCUUUCACAAGAUGCUUCUUAGGGCCCAACAAAGUGGUUCAACACCAGUUGACAACCUGAGUUUGAUCUCUGGAACCCACAUAUGUACCAUCCAUGGCCCAUGUGCACACACAAAGAAGUAAUUUCCUCCUCCCCCAAUAAAUGGCUCUUAGGACAGUUUUCUCUAGCCAGGUAAUUGUUUGCCUUGGGAUGCAGCCCAUGAUGUGGGUCCAUAAAGCUCAGUGACACCAUGUGAAACAAAAUAUUUACAGAUGAAGCUUCAAGGCACGAGGAGACAAGUUCCCUGGAGUCCUGGGCAAGGGCAGGAUGUAAAGCCUGGAAUUGGUCAAUGACUGCUUAUAGGUGGUGGAAUUGUUACUUGUUUGGGUUUGUGACACCAAGAACCCCUUUGUCAAAAUGAGUUCCAAGUUCUCAUCCCUUUUGGUGGUGGUUUCUUCAUUUCUGUGACAAAAUGCCCGAGAAAAUCAACUUAAA